AUGGCUGCAAUUGCGUCUCUCGAGCCGCACAUCCAGGGCAUCAUCGAGGAUGCGGCCGCCGACGGCGUGCCCUUCCGGGCCCGCGCAGCCCACUUUCAUACGACAUGGGCGCGGACUUUCGCCUCGCUGCCCGAGCUGUACAUCCAGCCGCAGUCGCAACAGGAAGUCGAGAAGGCGAUCAAGCUUGCUCGCAAGUGCAGGCGGCGCAUCACCACAGUCGGCUGCGGCCACUCGCCGUCAGACCUGACGUGCACGAGUAACUGGCUUGUGAACUUGGAUGACUUCAGGAAGGUGUUGUCUGUCGACAAGGAGACGGGAUUGGUCGUCAUGCAGGCCGGAAUCCGGCUUUGGCAAUUGACCGAGGAGCUGAACAAGCACGGUCUGUCAUUCCCUGUCUUGGGAAGUGUGAACGAGCAGAGCAUCGCUGGUGUUAUCAGCACCGGCACCCGUGGCAGCACCUUGAAAUACGGACUGCUGUCGGAGGCCAUCUCCUCCCUGAAGAUCACCCUGGCCAGCGGCGAGACGGUAACGUGCUCGCCGGAUGAGAACCCGGAUCUGUUCCGCGGCGCCCUCCUGUCCCUCGGGGCUUUGGGUAUCAUCACAGAAGUCAGCUUCCGAGCUGUCCCUGCUUUCAGUCUGAGGUGGAACCAGACCAUCCAGGCUGAUACCACCAUGCUGGAUGCCUGGAAGCAAAACAACAAAUUGUGGACUUCGUCGGACUUUGUGCGGGUGUGGUGGCUGCCUUAUACCAGGAGGGCGGUCGUAUGGAAGGCCGACAUCGUCACCAAGGAGGACCUCGAGUCCGGUAGAGAGAAGAACCGCGACCCUCCCGUCGGUUACUACGAUGGAGCGCUCGGUUAUCACAUCUACCACAAUCUCCUCUACCUGUCGCGUUACAUCCCCAAGAUUACUCCAUGGAUCGAGUGGUUUGUCUUUGGCAUGCAAUAUGGCUUCAAGAACGGUUACACCACCGGAGCUGUCCAGCCCAUGGACAAAGCUCUGUGGAUGAACUGCCUGUACAGCCAGUACGUGAACGAGUGGGCCAUCCCGCUUCACAGAGGCCCGGAGGCGCUCAUGCGUCUCGGAUCCUGGAUCAACAGGCUGCAGCCGGGUGACCCCUACUACGUCGACCACGGCAUCCCGUACUCCGCGGAGGGUCUCUACAUCCACUCUCCCGUCGAGGUCCGCGUGUGCGACGCCACCGUGCACACCAGUGCCGAGCAGCGCAACCGCCCGUGGCUCGACAGCACCAUCAAGGAUGGCCCGACGCUCAACCUCAACGCCACCAUGUACCGUCCCUACGACCUGGAUCCUCCCGGCUUGAAGCGCUGGUUCCAGGGUUUCGAAUGGCUCAUGCGCGACCUCGGUGGCAAGCCUCACUGGGCCAAGAACUUCACCGUCAAGAACACGGAGCUCGAGGAGUGGUACGGAGACGACCUGGUCCAGUGGCGACGGGUCCGCGACGAGGCCGACCCCGAUGGUUUGUUUAUUGGGCCGUGGCACCGUCAACACGUCCUUGCUCCUAACUCGGCUCCCUUGGAAUUCGAGGAGGUCGAGAGGACGAGGCAUGAUGCCGGCAAGGGCGUCACGGUGUACGGUCUCCGCCCACAAGCCGAGAAGGAGAAGCUCUAA